GCUCCGGUGCGCGUCACCGCUUUACGCUCUGGGAACCAGGAUGGAUCUUUUUUCACUUCGUGGGCUUUUUCGAAAAGAGCCAGAAGCUUCAAUGUUGGACGCCGUGCUAUGACAACGUCACUGUUGCUCCGUCCUCCUCGCUACUGGCUCGACCCGUCGGUGAUGUUCCUCUACGACAACGGCGGCGGUUCUGAUGAAGUGAGCAAGAACAUGGAGGGCUUCGCGGGCGGUAACUUCGCAGCGAACCAGUGCAGGAAUCUGAUGGCGCACCCGGCCUCGCUGGCACCCAGCACGGCGUACCCGUCCGGCGACCUGCCCGCCACCGGCGUGGGCGAGCAGGGGAAGCAGUGCAGCCCCUGCUCGGCCUCCCAGAAUUCCUCCAGCGCCUCCCUGCCUUACGGCUACUUCGGCAGCGGCUACUACCCGUGCAGAAUGUCGCACCACGGCGGAAUCAAGUCAUGCGGGGCGCAGCCCCCCUCCGCGUAUGGAGAGAAAUACAUGGACACGUCGGUCUCCGGGGACGACUUUACCUCCCGUGCCAAGGAAUUCGCCUUCUACCCCACCUACCCGUCAGGUCCCUACCAACCUGUGCCCAGUUAUCUUGACGUGCCCGUGGUGCCCACCAUCGGUGCGCCUUCGGAGGGCAGACAUGAGCCAUUACUGCCGGUGGAGAGCUACCAGCCGUGGAGCCUGGCUGCCAACGGCUGGAACAGUCAAGUUUACUGCGGCAAAGAGCAGCCUCAGUCGGGACACAUGUGGAAGUCGCCUCUUUCAGACGCGGUGUCCCACGCAGGCGGCGACCCCAGCUCGUACAGGCGUGGGAGGAAGAAGCGCGUCCCGUACACAAAGGUGCAACUGAAGGAACUGGAGCGGGAAUACGCUGCCAAUAAAUUUAUCACCAAGGACAAACGGAGGAGGAUAUCUGCCCAGACCAAUCUGUCCGAACGGCAGGUUACGAUUUGGUUUCAGAACAGACGCGUUAAGGAGAAGAAGGUUGUCAACAAAUUGAAACCUCUCACCUAGUCCUUCUACUCUUUCUCGACAUAUUCACACAACGAGAAACACGCACUGGACUGGCUUGGAACAGCAAUAAUUUGUUGGCUGAUGACUUCCUGGAGCUUUUUGGAACAAACAACAAAAUAUUAAUAAUAAUACCUGCCACGUUGUUGUCCAAGGAGGAGAAAAAUCAAACAUGGAACUGCCAUUUCUGUGACAUUUUGCUCACUCUCGCAGAAUGGUGCACAACGAGCUUCCACCUUUUUAUCUGCAACUUUUAACGAGAGUGAUAAAUGCGAAUAUCCACGUGAAACGACGCUAUUUCGGAUUUGGACCUUGGGAAUGUUAAAUAUUAAUCUCCAUGGCUUUUUCUUCUUUUUUGAUCUUACUCACAUGUUUAACUUGUAGUGCUUGUUGGAACGCGCGUCAUCGUUCUUGUCCAUUUUCAUGGUGCACUUCUCGAAUGCUCAGAUAAUCUUGCGGGAUUUGUGUGUGUUGAUAUCGUGCAUAUAGAUUUUCAUAAUGUGUGACUUUUCAUGUGGUUGUGUAUAUAAAGUAAAUUCUAGCAUGAUAUCAAGCGUAUGUGUGUGUCCGUGCCAAUAAAGUAUGUAUUUGGGAUA